AUGGCCACCCUGAGCUCAAAGCCAGGCUUGCGUUACAGUGCGUCUGACUGGGCGACUAAUAAUAAACAGAUAUCACACACUGCUGAAAACAAGCGCAACAUUUCACACGAGAUACGCCAGGAAGGAAGAGCUCUGCGCAAUGAGACGACCAGUAAGACAAACUGGGAUGAGUAUGACAGCAGCAGGCGACUGAGUGACAGAAUCAAUGACGUCACGCGCUGGAAGGAGAAUCUGAAAGCUUGUGCACAGCAAGUGGAUGCAGAAAUGGACGCUCUUACUCUGGUUCAGUUUGGUUUGGUGGAUGAAGCCAAGCAACUGGAAGCCACCAUUCUGGCACUGAAACAGAAGUUAGCACACGCCCAACACUCUCUGCAGUCUCUGAAACAGCAUGAAGCUCAGAUGAUAGAGGAUUUGUCUCGUAAGCAGGACGCCCUGUCGCUGGAGCAGCGCAGCAGCCAGACCCGUCAGCGCCUGACUCUGGGGGUCCAGACUGAGGGUCUGCCCUCAGCUGUGGUGCCUCUCACCAAUUCUAGUGGCAGACACAAGCUGGACCUUGCUUGAGUUGACACCCUGUUUCAUACCUCAUACUUACGGUGACGUCACAUUUGCCAUUGCUCAGCAAAAUUUUAUGGGAAAA